GUCAAAACUGAGAAAUUGAAAAUGGCGUUGUGUAGCGCGCAAACUGCUUUUUAUGUAGUAAUGACAUUUACUAAUUGAUUUAGAUCGUGAUUCUUGAUCAUAUAAAGUCGCAAUACAGUAUAAUAAUGGAAUAAAACCUGUCUGGGCAGCCUACUAAACCAAUGUUCUCUAGCAAACAACAUCUUCGGAAACGUACUCCCGAAAAUGGUACUGACCGAGAAGAGUUUUUGUCAUUGUUAGUGGACGAGUAUUUAAAUUCCAAUUCGUAUGAUGCAAAGUGCCAAGUGUUAGCUAAUUUGGCUAAUUUUGGGUACGAUCCCGUGAAUUAUGAUUACAUCCGACGAGUUGGUGUCCUAGACAUUUUCCUGUAUGUUUUGAAGAACGAAUCUGACGUCACGUUGCUUCACUUCGCCUGUGCAGGGAUUUGCAACUUGUGCAUAGAUCAUCUGAAUGCAGAAUACGUUUUGGCAAAUGCCGGGUUAAAACCAAUUAUCGACCGGUUAGGAAGCCAACACUGUGAAACUGUUGCUGACACGAUCACUAUACUAAUCAGUUUAUACAACAAGGAGACAAAAGCUGAUAUACAUACUACGGAAGUAAUACAGCGCAUGCACGACUUAACGAAAACGGAUGACAAAAGGCUUGUAAAUUUAGCUUCUUUGUUCCUCAAUUAUAUUCACAGUUAGAAUCAUGGAAAAAGUUGAAUGACUGCCCUCAAGAUGUUGUCAAACAGAUUUCCAUUUCUAGUUGCCAACAACAAAAAUUAUCAGAAAAUUUGUAAACUACACACGACAUCGUUUAGCAGUACAGCUUUCAAGGCUGGCGAUAAAAUUCGAAUACAAAAGACAUUGACUCAGAAAGAUCUCGAUGCAUUUUCAAAUCUCACAAGUGAUCAUAAUCCGCUGCACAAGAAUAAUGGGAACAAGAGGCCCAUCGUCCACGGCGCGCUGCUGAACGGCCUGGUGGCCGGCCUCAUCGGCACUCACCUGCCGGGCCCGGGCACCGUCGUCGUCUCUCAGACCAUGAAGUUUCCUAAUAAAUGCUUUGUUGGUGAAAAGCUGACUAUAAGCGUGGAACUGGUAGAUGUUAGAAAGAUCCUCAAAGUGAAGUUCUUUUGUAUUGUUGAAGAGGAAAAGAAGGUUGUGUUCGAGGGUGAGGCUAAACUCAUGCUAGCCAAAGACUGUUAAUUUUUUUCACGUAAUUUGUUCUGAUAAUAAUUUAAUAUACAUAAUAAGAUUAAUAAGAUAAUAUAAAUACGGUUCACUUUCCAUACAUGCGAAAUUGUCUUAAGGCGAGCGUCUCCUAGGAUUACUACAUAUUACUUAGAGUCGGGGCGCCGGGUCGCACGCGUCACUUUUGAGCAUUUUUAAAUAUACUGCACCAGUUUUAUGCGUCGAAGAUACCCGUUUUUACAAAUGAACGAAAUACAGUAAUACUUCCUUACACAUUUAUAAUACAUAUACAAACACACUAUACCUCGUUUUUUUUAGCAUUAGAAAUUAGGUAAACAAUCUUGAUAUGUCUUUUAAUUGAAAAACUCAUUUUAAAAAUAAGUUACGGCAAUGUGUAACAAUUAUGAAUGUAAUACAAUCAUUUAUAUUCUUCUGCUUUCAUAAAUGAUAGUUACUGAUUUUUAAAAAGCGUUUUUCAAUUAAAAGACAUGCCAAAAUCGCUUACCUUCUUCCAAGUUCUUUCUAAUGCUAAAAAAAACGAACUAUAAGUGUUACCCUAAUAACAAUAUGUACCACGUUGGUCAGGCAAGACAACUAUCGCUUGUAUGGACACUGACGUUUAUAAUGAUCUUUAAGCCCUCUAUAAUAAUUAUUAGAUUUUAAUAAAGUUUAUAUAUAUGUUUAAGCUCUGAUUACUGUUUCGAUAUAUUACUAUGCAUGUAAGUGAAAACCUAUAAUAUGAAAUGUGAUUUUAAUAUAAUGAAUAAUAGUGUGCCAAUUAAGUAGCUGCUAACUCUAGGUUAGAAAUUAUGAACUCUUGUGAAGUACAAUUUAGAAUUUAUUCUAAUAUAAUUAAAACGUAAGCCCUGGUUUAAAUAUCUCUUAAAAGAAGUUCAUCUGAAGUUGUCCAUUAUAGUCAAUAACUUGUUAAGACUGAUAGUCUCUAAUUUAUUGUUUGUUUUCACAAUUAGACAUCCUCAAUUGAAAAGGAUUCAAAGAUUUGUACAUUUACAGCUAUUUAAAUGUUAUGUUACCGAAAUGGAUUUAAUUUUUAUAUAUUACUUUCAUGCGCUGAAAAGUUUACGUUACAAGUAGAACGUGCUAGUCGGCUGCACAGCAGGCCCAUAACGGUCAUCUUUGCGCGCGGUAAUUUAAUAAGCGAUAUUAUGAGAUGGUCAUCACUGAAAGGUCUCAUUGUCGUACCUACUUGUAUAAUAAUAUUUAAUAAUACCCGACCAUAAUACGCCUUUUCGAUACAGCGCUGUCUCGACUUCUAUAGGUGUUCAAUUUAGAAACAAAAUCAAUGAGUACUAAAGUUGAGUUUUCGGUGGGGCAAGGUCCAGGGUGCGUAGCCGACAUGCCAAUCGAAACGCAACUUUCUCUGUUGCACUAAUAUGAAAGAGAGUCAGAGAGAUGUCAGAGAUGAAUACGCUACGCCACGGAGCGUUAACGAUUAACACUUUGGCUAAGCACCCUGAACAAUGUAAUUUAAAGCUAUAUUAAUGCUAAAAUUCUCAUAAUAAUACUCGUAAAUUGAUUGGUUGCAUCUUAUUAACUAUAUUAUGCUUGUGGGUUGUGUGGUUAAUUAUUUAAAAAAUAAUUUUAUUUUAUGUACUAACAACACUGCGCAUAAUGAUAUUUACCAUGAAGUUGCAUUUAAUGAGAUAUCUCCUCAGCGUAGUAGCGGGUACUAUUUGUAUUUUGCAUGCCAAAUUUCACUGAGAAAUUUCGAUAGGUAUUAUAAAUUAGGGUUCCUAGUUUGACUACGAAACUCUUAAUAUACUUCUUAAUUUUGAUAUUUUAGCUUAUAUUUUGUGUAAGGUAUGCUAAAAUUUUGGCUUAGUGAUCACACCUACAAAAAAUAUAUAGUUUAUAGACAGAACACUACCGAGUGUUCUGUCUAUAAACUAUAUAACAUUUUACGAUAUAUUAGUUACUAUCGAUAACACAUAAACAUAUAGGUACUCUUACAGAAUAAUAAUUGUUCUAUUCUGUGGGCAAUCACUUCAACAGAUUUAUUAUAAGAAAAACUAUUGUAUGCUGUGCCUCGCUAAUAUUAAAUAAAAGUGUAACCCAGGCAUCUUGACUUUAAAAAGUAACAUUCAAUUUUAACUGCAAUAAGUUUGUUUACCACUCAGUACAACAAACAAGUACAGUUAACCCUAAAGAAUAUGUAUGUAUAUGGAUAUUAUAUACGUAGAAAAACUUAUUAGUAUAGUUUUUUUUUAUAAAAAAUACUAUUACCUAAUUUUAAUAGGUUUUUGGGCAUUUACCUCUAUUAUACUUUGAGACUAAAUUUACACGUCUAAAUUUCCAUUUCGCGACGAAAGGUAAAGUGUUCGACAUUCGGUUUCGGGUUAGUGACGACCGCUAAUUGAUCGUUAAGAUCCGGAAUUAGGUUAAAAUGCCCGAUUCACCUAUUAUUAUAGGAAAGUACAUUUUAUAUUAUAUUGAUACGUAGGUAAGAUUGUUAGCCGCAUGAUAAGAAGCCAGCCUCUGCUCGCUCCACAGCGGACUGGUCGCUGCCGCUAAUCGCAAAAAUCGGCUCCGCUCUGAGUAAGACGUGUGUAGUCGUUUUUUGAGUUGUUUUGUUGGUUAUUUAUUUUACCCAUCAUACAAUGAUUAUAUAUGAUUAAGUAUGAUUUGUAUUUUCUCUGUGCCUUGUUGAGUUUCAGUUGACUUUCAUUAAACAUUUUCCUUGUUAGUACGUAGUUGUAUC